GCUCUCCCUCCUCCCCCUCCAGACAUCAUCUUCUCUACAACUACACAAACACAUACUCACACCUCCCACGACAAACCGUCAAUCGAAAGCGGUCCCAAUCCCAUCGUAGAUAAAACAGCCACCCGCAACAAUGGUCUACACAAUCACCGUCCACCUUCACGCAAAUGACCACCCAGACUCGGUCGACCGCCUCAAGGCCAAGCUUAUCGAGGCGUCGCGCGUCUACUCCCAGGAUCGCGAGACCGUCAGCUGGUUCGUCAUGCAGGACGUCCACGACCCCCGGUCCUUCACCAUCGUCGAGCGCUUCGAGACCGAGUUUAGCCAGAAGUACCAUCUCGAGAAUCCCUACUGGAAGACCUUUGACCCUUAUGUUGUGCCUCUGCUCGACCGCCCCAUGGACCUGAGAAGACACGAGGAGUUGGAUACAUCCAAGGACGUUGUUGUUCCUCAGUAAAUCAAAUCACGUGACCAUAUAAUACAGAUUCAAUCUUCAAUCAUAAAUACCAAGUAAACUUUGUAUCAGGUGCGAUUGAAAAGACCGGGCAUAAGCAACCCCUGUUCAACCAAACUAGUAAGUGUACGCGCGCACAUUACAUUUUCUCUAGAGCGGUGCUCUUUGGCAGC